GAAAUGAUAAGUUUGAAACGCUAGAAAAUUAUAUAAUGUUAGGUAUAUCAUAAUUUCAAAAAAAUAUUUACAUGUGGGUCGCAAUUUGAAUAAAUUGCUCAAAAUAUUCAUGACAAUAAAAAUACUAGUGGUAAUUAUAGUAUUUUUCGAUAGAGGUCCCGGUGAAAAUUACAUAGGCGUAUCAUAAUGCACGAAAAUACGAUAAUACCCCAUCAAAAAUCCAAUGUAAAUUUUAGUAAUUAGACAAAGAUACUUCUUUUAUUAAAAAUUAAAUAACAGCUUAUUUUAAACGUAAUAUAUAAGCAUUAAGGACUAAACAAUAUAGGAUAGAUUCCCCGUGCUGCCACCCAUGCCUUUUAAGGUUCUAGUACAUUCGAGAGAUAAAAUGAAAAUUCCACAAAUGGGCAAUAUGACAUAAAUAUAUAUGCAUAGCGCGUUCGCGUUAGUAUUCGUAAUCAUCAGGCUGCUGUAGACGACGUUUGAGUUAAGUGUGCAACAUAUUUUACAAAGUUAGUGCUUUACAAUUGUGAUAAAUUUGAAUUAUUGCGAAUUCUGUUGUGCAUUUUUAAGGAUUUAUUGUCCUAAAAAGGCAUUUUUACAAUGGGGAAGGAUUACUAUAAAAUACUUGGAAUUGCCAAAAAUGCCACUGAUGACGACAUCAAGAAAGCAUAUCGCAAAUUAGCAUUGAAAUAUCAUCCUGAUAAAAAUAAAUCAGCUGGAGCAGAAGAAAAAUUCAAAGAGGUUGCAGAGGCUUACGAAGUGCUCUCUGAUAAGAAAAAGCGCGAUAUUUACGAUAAACACGGCGAAGAGGGUUUGAAAGGGGGAAUCGGUGGAGGAGCAGGAGGUCAAGGAAAUCCUAAUUUUACAUAUACUUUCCAUGGAGAUCCAAGAGCUACAUUUGCCCAAUUUUUCGGGAGUUCAAGUCCAUUUCAAGCAUUUUUUGAUAUUGGAGGUGGUAGAAUGUUUAAUUUUGGUGAUGACAUGGACGUAGAUGAUGAUCCCUUUGGAAUAAGUGGUGCUCCAAGAACUGGUGGUCCUGGAGGUGGAGCUUUCCGUAGUCAUUCAUUUAAUGUACAUAAUAGUCCAAACCGUAGCAAAGAUAAACAAGACCCUCCUAUAGAACAUGAUCUAUAUGUUUCGUUAGAAGAUAUAACCAAAGGAUGCACUAAGAAAAUGAAAAUAUCUCGGAAAGUGUUACAGCCUGACGGAUCUCUUCGUAAGGAAGAUAAGGUACUAACAAUCAGUGUUAAGCCUGGCUGGAAAGCUGGAACUAAGAUAACAUUCCAAAGGGAAGGUGAUCAAGGAAGGAAUAAAAUUCCAGCUGAUAUUGUUUUUAUUAUUAGAGACAAACCACAUCCAUUAUUCAAAAGGGAGGGCAGUGAUAUCAAAUACACUGCAAAAAUUUCUUUAAAGCAGGCCUUAUGUGGAUGUUCUAUAGAGGUUCCAACGAUGUCUGGUACAACCAUACCGUUACAUUUUACUAACGAAAUAGUAAAACCUACGACAAUAAAGCGCAUUCAGGGUUAUGGGCUGCCACUUCCUAAGGAGCCCUCUCGCCGUGGAGACUUAAUCGUUAAUUUCGAAAUCAAGUUCCCAGAACAUCUUUCACAGUCAGCUAAAGAUAUUUUAUAUGACACAUUGCCUAAUUAAAAGUUAUUUGUAAUGUUGCGCGUUCGUUUGUACGUUUUAGUACAAUAUUUGCAUUGGGUAUUAUUGAAAUACAAUGUGAGCAAUUUAUCGUUGCCUUUGUUUCAGUGGUAGAUUAUUAUUUAAUAAAUGGAAAUGUUAAAGAAAAUGCUCACUCUAAUUAAUUUCAAUAUGAUUGAGUAAAUAUAAUUGUAUAGUAAAUAAGUCGUUCGACGUUUGGCUUUUUUUACCAGUUACUUUUAUAUGUGUAACUGUUAUACCCUGUAAUUUAUAAUUUAAAUUAUCCUUGUAUAGUUAUAUUACUUGAAGAACUUUUCAAAAUAUAAAUUAUUAAGUAAAACAGUGGUUUUCAUGUCACCAAUGAUAAAUUGCCUAUGCUGUAUCUCAGUUAUGUCUGUAAUUGUGUUGUUUACUAAUAAUUAAAAUAGUUCAAUUCUUUUAUUUAACUUUAUUUUCAGAUAAAUAAGUUUUUGCGUUUCUACUCUAUUUUUUUUAGAAUUAAUUAUAGGGAAUGGAUAAUUGGUUUUAAGAAAUAGCUAGAUUAGUAUGUUUUUAAACCUGUCUUUGUUUUGCUUGAGAUUUUGUUCUGACCUAAUAUAAGCACGUUUGUAAGGGGUUAAAAUA